CAUCACGUCUUAUGUAAACUCACUGAGGAAAGGUAGUCCUUUGAAGUGUAAAGAUGCAUAUGAACAAGCGUCUUUUCAGCGUAAUGAGCGGGUUUUGCAGAAGGUUCUUACAAAGUUCAAGAACGACAUGGACAAAUUAAAAAAUAUAAGCAACAAAGAGGAACUUCAGACCAAGUUUCUCAAAAUUUUUGAGUCCACGAAAGUAGCAUACCGUGACAGCUCAUUUACGUACCGUCAAAACGAAUAUGAAGAAAAGCUAGAGGCGGAAAUGAAAGUUUAUUUAGAUACGAUGAAAAACGAAAUAACUAAAACAUGCAUGGAAAUAGGAACGAAGAAAUUGUCGGAGAUGUAUGUUGAAAUGUUUAACAAAAGCGGAAGUAGAUACCUGGUGGGUGCGACAGCUUACAGUAACUACGAAGCUGACAUGGAAAAACUAAAAAAAGAUUUUUUCGAAGCAAACAAGCUGUAUGACCAAGACGUUCUAUUUCAAUGCUUUGACGCGUUUACGAAAAGCAAAUCUGAUGUUAAGAUGGUUACGUACUGCAUUGCAACUGAACACAAGUACAAAGAACAAUACGAUCAAAUGCACAACGAAAUAAACAGACGGAUGGGUGGCCAACUUGAAUAUUUUUUUCUCGAAGAGCAAAGGAGAAGAAAUCAAUAUUUAGAGAGAGAACUAGCAGAGCUGCAAUUAAAUAGUGUGGAACUAUUUAAAUCUGCCAAGAGAGAAAGCCUAUGUUCAAUUAUGUGAAAUAUAUUGAUUUGUGCUUUUUCGAAAACUAGUUGAAUAUACAACAUGCCAGAAAAAAAGUUAAAUGAUUCAGUAUUUUCGAUAAUUUAUAUAACACUUCUAAAUCUGCCAAUGAUUUACUAUAUUUAUAGCAAUCAGUUUUCAUUAAGAAAUACAUGUACCUUAGUGUAAAUGCAGCAAAGCUAAUUUGACGGCAUUGUAUGGCAGAGUAUGAACAUAAAAAUGUGCUUAUUUUAACAUGUGAAAAGUUUUAAAUCAGAAUCAUAGUAUGUAAAACAAUUCAUUGGGUUUGUUUGAUAACACAAUUUUGGUCAUAUGGCGCCGAAAAAGAAAAAUAAUUGGCUAUCCUCAAGUGUUACAAUUUUUAAACAAGUAGAAGGCUUAAAAUAUUCCGUUCUCUUCUUUUCAUUUUGAUGUUUAAUAGUAAAGUUUCUGAUAAAGCUUUGGUGACUGAUAGAGCUUAUAUUUAUUUUUGGUAUGCAGAUUAUCAACAGAAAUCAAUAUAUUUACAUGAUAAAAAGCUAUUUAAAGUGACAUUAUGCUCAUAUUUUCAUAGUCAAGUUCACUUGAACUGACUAUGUAUUUCAAAAGAUUGACUGUUUAAAUGGUGAUUGACCAACAGUUCAUAUUGAAAACUGUUUAGAAUAGAAUUUAAAUCUGCCUUAACUAUAAAAAGGCUGCCCACUCUUUUUAUGAACUGAAUGUUACAGGUAAAUUCUAAUGGAUAUUUACCAUAAAUUCGUUUGGAUCCGUGCGUUGGUUAUUGUUUAUGUGAAAUAAAUUUUUAUAUUGAAAGGAAAAAUGGCAAAAUGAAAAUUUAUUUUGACAUUCAUAUGUUCACUCAUUUAUAACCUUGGAUGGGCAUAAUGUCACGAUAAAAUCUACGUCAAUAUCACAAUUUACAUAUCGCGUACUUGUUCCCACAAAAGAGAAGAACCUUUACAUAUUUACAAACUGCUAUUUGAAAACAAGUUAUUCAUAUCUCUUAGUAAUCUAAUAAGUCUAAAAUAUCAUCAAAUAUUUAAAUCCUUAAAUCGGACUGUUUUGCAACGCAAAAUUGUUUUGAUGUCGUUCCCACCAAAUAAAUCAAUGACCUGUUAUUAUGAUCAAUAGUAUCGCAGUUACAUUUUAACUGAUUUUAUUUCAUAUGAUUUUCCUGUAAAUAGUAAUCAUAGUGCUUUGAUACAUUUAACUUGAAAUAUGUAUAUAUAUAUCCUAAAACUUGUUAUCUUCGUAAUCUUCUACUUUGCCUUUAACGAUGUCUUUGAUUUGCUAUCAUUUUAUGAGUACUUGAAUUUUAAAAGAGUGUGUUGGUUACAUGACAAUUAAUCCCCAGUUAUGCUUUUGUUUUCAUUUUUCUAAUGCUUUUUAAUUUUGUUAUUAGUUUCUUGUUUGUCAUUAAUUUGAAUCAUCCUUUGUUCAUUGGCAGUUAAUUAUUAGAGUGAUGUAGUACUUUGUAUAGAAUUCAAAAUAAAAAUACCAUUUUGUUUACAUUUUUUCUACUUAUAUGACCAUAAAUUCAACGUUUCAUUUCUCGUGAUCAGCUUCUAACAUGCUCUAAUAUAUUUUAAAGUUACAUUAUUGCUCAGAUUUUUUUUUAGAUUUUUUUCUUUUUUUAGAAAGCGAAAAGUUUGUUUGAAAACAAUGUAGUUUAAACUGUAUUAUUUGUUUCAAAAAAAGGAAUGUUUAUAAUUUUGUUGAUACACAACAUGUCAGUGAUGAGCAUUUAUCUCUGCAAACUCGCACAUUGAUUACACUACUCCCUUUUCUUUAUUAUUUAUAAUAUUGAAUACAUGUAUACACCGAGGCAUGUAAGUAUAAAUUUGCUCUAUUUGAAUGUUAAUUUAAAAGAAAAAAAUGCCAUAAUGAGCCACUCAUGCAGUAAUUCGGUAUACUUUUAACAUUUAAUGUUGUUAUAUCCAUAUAUUUAGUCAACUUCAUGUUUGUAUUAAACAAAUAGUAAUUGUAUGAAUAGAAAUAUCAAAGUUAUUGUCAUUGUAUUUAAAACAUUUUAAGAUAAUGUAAUAUUAUUUGCAAAAUUAUUUUCAAAACAAAGUGAGGAAAGUUUUAAAUAUUGUUAGAUACAUAUAAGCAGAUUUAGUUGUGUCAUUCGCAAGCAUUGAUUAUUUAUGCCUAUGUAUAGCAUUUAUACGUAAAGGAACUCCAGUGAGGAUGAAAAUCCUAAAUAAAUUUGAAAAGCUUAGCUAGAUUAAAACGAAACAAGCAAAAGAUGUUAAAGAAAUAUACACAGAAUUGAAUUUAAAACAUACUUUUUGGGUGAUAAGAGAUAAAGCUGUUUAAACACUUUUCAGUUUUAGGUCAUUUUGCACAAUUUAAAUAACGUAGUGAAUGAAUGAUCUGAAAUGGUGAACAUAAGAUACAUCUAAUGGUACACAGAUCUCAGGAAAUAUUUCCAGUCCCGUUUUGUAAACAAAUAUAGCGGAGUUCCUUUAACUAACAAUUUAAUGAAUGUUUCAAAGGCAUUGCAAUAGCAAACAAUGUUUUGUGUUUAAAAUCUGCACUUUUAAUUUGAUUUAAUUGUAUGCUUUGAACAUGCUGUGCUUUUAA